AAUAUAAUGCACUGAGGACUAAUUAUGCAUUUAUUAUUUUUGCUGUUAUCCUUGUGAAAUUGGAGUCCCUAUAUGCAAAAUUUGUAAGGGUUAAUCACUAAACAAGGAGGUAUUGUUGCAUGCAAUUUCUCAAGGCGUUACAACUUACAAUACAGUACACCAAUUGAAAAAAAUUAUAAUAAUACAGUACAGAUCGAGAUUGGUGUAAUCAGCAUGCGUGUGUUUAUACAAUAUAGCUAAAUCAUCCUUUCACGCAUCCAUCAGUUAGCUUCGUCUGUCUGACCUACAACAAAACUGUGAGCUUCUAUAUCUUUACUAUUUCAGCUGAAGAAGAUAGAACCUUCUGAUUCUAUUCACAAGCAAAAGUAAAUUAAGGAUCGAUGAAAUUGCAUAUGGUGGUUUGCUGUUAGCUUGAUAUUGGAGAAAUAUUGGCGAUAGAACGGCGAGAGGAGCUAAGCGAUCACUCAUCCAAGUAACCAAUUAAUCAUCUCAACCAACUGCCGUGUGUGUCAAGAAGGGGAUCGAUCGAGCAUGGAGCUAGCAACCGCGGCGAUGGGCAGCCUGCUCUCUAGGCUGGCCGAGCUGCUCAGUUUGGAGGAGAACCAGCUGCAGGAGGGCGUAAGGAACCGGGUCAGGCAGUUCUCUAGGGGUCUCAAGACCAUGGAUACCACCCUACGCUUGGUGGCCAACAUUCCACGGGAUCAUCAGCUUGACGAGCAGGUCAGGCUCUGGGCUCACGAUGUGCGCAUGCUGUCCUACGACCUGGAGGACGUCGUCGACACCGUCCUCAUCUCCUUGCGUGUCGGCUCUGACCCCGAGCAAGCCGACCUUGAGAUGCUGAUGCGCCUCGUGGCGAAGAUGAAUGAUCAGCUGUUCAAUGGGAGCGUGGAGUACGGUCAGAUGUUCUCCGACGCCGUCGCGAAGCAGCGACUUCGAUAUGUGGCUACCAAGCAUGGCGCAGGCAAUUACACUGCUGUUGGUCAUCCUACCCAUGAUCCAUACACAAAGGCAAUGUCAACAAAGCUUGUUGGCAUUGACGGACCAAGGGAUGAGGUCAUAGAGAUGCUGUCCAUGGGGGAUCAGAGCAAGUUGAAGAUCGUCUCCGUUUUCGGAUUUGGAGGCUUGGGCAAGACCACUCUUGUGAAAGUAAUCUAUGACAAGCUUGAACCGGGUUUUCAAUGUGGUGCUUUUGUUACAGUCAGUCGGAUUAAUCCUAACAUGAACAGAGUCUUCAGGGAUAUUCUUUAUUAUCUUGACAAGAAAAAGUUUACCAACUCAUACACACUGAUGUUGGAUGAAAAGCAGCUUAUCAACGAACUACAGGAAUUCCUCCAGAACAAGAGGUAUUUUAUCGUCAUUGAUGGCUUGUGGGAUAUCAAUUCGUGGAACAAAAUCAGAUCGGCUCUACCAGACGAUAAUUGUGGAAGUAAAGUGGUCACAACUUCUGGUAUUUCUAAUGUUGCGAGAGAUGUAGGUGAUGUUUACAAUCUGCAACCACUUUCUCAUGGUAACUCUAAAAAAUUACUAAGUACAAGACUAUAUGUUGAUGAAAGCAAAUGUUUAGAGAGCACAUCAGCUGAGGCAAGUGAAAGAUUUUUGGAAAAAUGUGGUGGUGUCCCGUUAGGUGUCAUCGCAAUAGCUGGUUUGUUGGCCAGUAAUCCUGAAGAUAACUGGUCUGAGAUGUACAAUUCUUUUUGUUUGGGGAAAGGAAUUAAUGAUGAUGUUGAAAAUAUUAGAAGGAUAUUGUCCUUUUGCUACUACCAUUUGCCUUCUCAUCUAAAAACUUGCUUAUUAUAUAUAAGCAUAUUUCGAGAAGAUUAUGAGAUCAACAAAUGUCUUGUGAUAUGGAAGUGGAUAGCUGAAGGCUUCAUCCAUGGAGAUCAACAGAUAGGAUUAUUUGAGCUUGCUGAGGGGUACUUCGUUGAGCUGAUAAAUAGAAGCAUGAUCCAACCGGUGGAGGCUCAAGGCACUGGGCAUGUAAUUGGUUGUCGUGUUCAUGAUAUGGUGUUGGAUCUUGUUCGUUCAUUAUCGAGUGAAGAAAACUUUGUCACCGUAUUAUCAGAAGAUGGUGACGAGCAACAGAAAUUUCCAUUGACCAAUGCCAACAGAUUAAGUUUGCAAUCUAGAGUUGUUGAAAAACGCCACCCCCAACUGGCUAAUGUGGGCAUGGAACAAGUGAGGUCAUUUGUUGCCAUUUUAUCCGAUAUCCAUGUGGUAUCUCCAAGCUUUCAAGUUUUACGUGUACUAGCUCUAGAAGAUUGCAAAUUCAUAGAAGGUUACACAAGCAAUGGCCUGGAGCAUCUUGGGAAGCUACUGCACCUGAGAUACCUUGGGCUAACACGGACACGCGGUUUUCAUCGGCUCCCAGAAGAAAUAGGUCAGGAUCUAAAGUUUCUCCAAACAUUGGACUUGUAUGAAACUGACUUAGAAGAGAUGCCAUUCACUGUGGGCUUAUUGACACAACUGUUGUGCCUACGUGUUGAUGUGGGUACAAGGGUGCCUGCUGGUUUAAUUGGUAACCUAACAUCAUUGCAGGAACUGUGGAUAUACCCUGCUAUGAAGGACUUUAGCAUGGGAUUUGCCACCGCUAUGCAGUUUGUGAAGGAUUUGGGUAAGCUUAGUGAACUGAGGGUGCUCAAGACAAGGAUCCAUGGGUGGGAUCAGAGCAUGGAAAUAGCUCUGGUGGAGUCCCUUCACAAUUUUCACAAGAUCCAGCUUUUGGAACUUCAUGGUAAAUCCUACUUGGGAAAGGGUGUAACAUGGGAAACAGGAUUUGUCUCCUCCCAGCACCUCCGAUACCUGUCCCUAGCAUGCAUGCAACUAACUAGACUGCCAGCAUGGAUGAACUCGUCGCUUCUACCGAACCUCAGCUAUUUAGUUGUGAAUGUGCAGUUCUGGCAAGAACAGGACAUGGAAACUCUUGGAAGGAUGCCUGAACUCUGUAGUCUCGAACUACAGUCAUGCAACAUAAGAGUGGUAAACAUUAAGCAUACUUGUGGAGAUAUAGGCUACUUUCAAAAAUUGAGGUCUCUCAUAUCGUAUGCUAUAUUGAUCCGGUUCGAUCUCUACAAGCUUAGUAGCAGCAGUGUACGCAUAGAUGAGCCUACUACCAUGCCAACCCUUGAAUAUCUUCAGUUUAUGGUUCAUGUGCACUUCCUCAAGGAUGCCAACCUUGGUUUCGACAAGCUUGUCUCCGAGAACCUCCCUUCCCUUCAGAGAGUCAAGGCAAUAAUCAACUGUUCAGAUGCCCGUCUCACAGAGGUUGAGGAAGCGGAGGAAGCAUUGACUGACGCAGCGAACGUCCAUCCUAAUCAUCCCACCCUUAAAUUGAUGAGAUACAAUGAACAUAGGAUGGUGUCAUCUGACCAAGCUCAACAGGUAUAUGCAAUAACGCCAAUUAACUCCACAUCUUUGGAUGUUACACAAUUUGGAGGCAAAAACAGAGUAAUACAGGCAAUCAGUUCAUCCCUAGGCACUAUGGGAUGCCUCAUUACCAAGCUGGACAUGCUGUUGGAUCAAGGAUGCAAGCUACCAAAGGGGGUUAAGAACAGGAUACUGCUCCUUAAAGGUGAUCUUGAAGAAGUAGGCACAUACCUUGAGGACCUGUCAAAGGUGGACGACCCUCACCUAAUGGCCAAGUGUUGGAUGAAGGAGGUGCGUGAGCUGUCCUAUGAUAUCGAGGAUUACACUUACAACAUUGAGGACAAAAUUAAGCUUGCAGGGCAUGUCCAUCUAAAUACCAAGACCAGAUUUGUCUGCAGGAUCAACCAUCUGAAGAUUAGUGGUGUUCCUAGAAGACUCAAGUGGCACCAACAGAUCGGAAGCAUGAUAUCGGAAUUCAGGAUUUAUGUCCAAGAGGCAAUAGAACGGUACGAACGGUACGAUCUCCACAGUUGCACCUAUAGACAAAGAUAUGCGUCCGUUAGCUAUGUUCUAUCAACACCCUAUGAACAAACUGCUGACCUAGUCAUUGAUGGGCGGACGAGCAAGUUUAUCAAAUGGCUGGCCAAUGAUGGGGAUCCAAAGCUCAAGAUGGUAUCUAUUGUCGGAUGUGGUGGUAUUGGUAAAACUACACUUGCCAAGCUUUUCUACAACAAAUUUGGUGGACGAUUCGACUGUAGAGCUUUCAUCCAGGUUCCCCAAAAGCCUAAUAUGAAAAGGCUCUUCUGCGACAUAAUCUCCCAGGUCCAGCAAAAUAACCCCCACGAAGAUUGUAAGGAGCUUGAACUUAUUGAUAAUAUCAGGAGACAUCUACAAGAUAAAAGGUAUUUAAUUAUCAUUGACAAUUUAUCGGCUGCUUCUGUGUGGGAUAUUCUAAAUCAAGCUUUUCCAGAGUGUACUCAGCGGAGCAGAAUUAUAACAACUACAAGAAUUAUAAGUGUUGCAUUAAAUUGUUGCCUUCAUCGUUCGGAGUAUAUUUUUGAGAUGAAACCUCUUGGAGAUGAUUGCUCAAGAAAACUAUUUUUUAAAGGACUUUUUGGCUCUGAAAGGGAUUACCAGAUUUGUGGACAGAUUCUACUUCAGAUGGAAUGA